AAAACGGGCGGUUCGAAGGUUCACAUCCGCCCUAUCAACCCCUCUCGGUUCUCCCUCGCACGCGCGCGCGCGCGCCUGUCUCGUUGCAGGUGCAGAAAGUAUAACAACGUGCAGCGAUAAGGAACACUUGUCUCCCCGCCCCUCCAACCCCGCCGCGUCUCUCGCGUCGUAGCCGUGCGUCAACAACUUCAGACCUGAGGGACGGUGGCGAGACUGGCAAGUGGUCGAGUGGUCGGAUCGUAUCCAGUACCCACGGGUCCGAGGGUCGAGGGAGCCCGACGAUGACUUCGUUCGGCCGCGGUCGCGGAUGGGCCAGCCAGGACAAGGAUCAGGGUCUACGUAGGCCGGGCGGGGGCGGUACGUUCGGCAACAGCAAGGUCCUGCGGGACGUGCUGGACAAACUGGUCUCCACCGACGAGCGCGAUACCGUCCCGCCGCAGGUGAUCCAGGAGAUCGUGGACCUGCUGGCGGUCGCGGCCAACGAGGACAGUCUGAGGCAAGUGUGCGACUCCCUGUGGAAGCACGCGAUACACCACUCGCUGACCACGAAGAUAGCAAUUGUAUUCAGCGACAGCAAGAUCGCGCUGUUAGAAGAUAAUAAUAAAAACACGAUACGCAGCCGCUUCUUACGUCUCCUGCAGGACAAUUAUAUGUCCAAGGACAGAUGUAAACUAGAGGAUAAAAAGACGUUCGCCAAUAAAGUCUUGCUUCAUGCGGAGGUUUACUAUCAUAUGAGACUGAGCGAUGGAAGCAGAUUGAAGAUAUUGGCCGAGCCGUUAAUUCAAUAUCUGGAGGAUCUGUUGCAAAGCAAUCCCAAGGAUAAUAUUUACUUCAUUAUGAUACAGAUUCUUAGGUCUGGCAAAGAUCUCUUCGCUGCGUGUCCAGGAGGAUUAGAGAGCUUAAUAAUGACAAUCAGACAACUGGUGGUAAAGGAAAACCUGUACAGUCCUGAAAACUAUGCGGCAUUAUUGCUAGUGAUAGAGUUAGCCAAUAACGACUACGAGAUUAAGGACACGCGGGUGAAACAUUUUUAUUUCUCAAAUAUCAAGUCUCUCUCUUUCGAGCAUCCGUUCACCCACGAGGAAAUCAAGGUGGUCGUAACGUCAAAGACUGAAAACGAUAAUCAAUUACGGGAGGUUGAUAACAAUCAACGAAUCGUGAAAGAAGAUGCGAAGAACGACGUGUCCGAGCAUGGCAAUUAUUCCAGGAAUUCUAGCGUUCCAAGAGCUAUACGCGGCUCGGGUGCGUUCGAUAAGUCGAAGAAAGGAACUAAUAUUAAUGCAAAAUCAAAUUCGCUGAGAACGACGCCGCCGAGGGAAAGAAAUAAGGCUUGGGGUCAUGACGAUAGGUUUCACGAGCAUUAUGAAUAAAUAGAAUAAAUAUCUAACUUAUACAAGGUAGAUAUUUAUUCGAACUUUAACCGAGUGGCAAAAACAAUUUUACUUCGACUAAAUGUUCACGAGCGCUCGUGGGCAGCAAUUAUAAAAUCCUUUCCACGUUGCAGCAGUCAGGUUUGCUGGUGCGGAGAAUAAGUACAGUUGCAAAUGAGAUUUUCUAGUAAUAUGGAUAUUACAGAUAUGUGUAUGCACGACGUAUAUUGUCAUGGUUGCAAUUGAGAUGCGAGGAUGAGACUUAAACAUUUCGAUUCUUUUUCUUCGAUAGAGAGUCAAGAGAAAACAGUCCCAUUUUAUCCUAUUUUGAUAUCGAAAAGUUAUUAACGGAAUGUGAUAUACUGUGUUAUAUGCUUAUAUCCUAUGCUCGGGUGAAGUUUUCAUAUGUGAUGUGUUUUAUGCAAGGUCAUCGCUAUGAAAACACUUGUAGCAUCAGAAGAUUCAUUGGCAAUUCAUUUACGAGCAUAUAUCAUAUAUCACUUGGACAUUGAACAAUUUUUUGUUUAAUUCAUCAAAGAUAAUUUAUGUCUUAUCUCAUAAGAAAUGCUAUUGGGUUUUUUUUACUUCUGUUAGCUGAAUUAUCUUUUGUGGCAUCAUGAAAUUUUAGGUAUGUGGAUAUAAUUAUUAAAUAUUUUUUUACAACUACAUUAAUCUCACAGUCAGAAUUAAAAUACAUGUAUUUCUUUUGCCUUGCAUGCUCAUCAAAUCGAUAUUCGAGAUCAUUGUUAAACUAAAGAAAGCAGGAAGCCAUAAUAUUAUGUAAGAUUUAUGCAAAUAAAAUAAAUUGCAAUUCCAUU